AUGGAAAAGUUAGUUCUCGCGCUACUCCACGCCUCCAGGAGGCUGCGCAGGUAUUUCACUGGGUACGUAAUCACUGUUCUCACUAACUUCCAUAUUGGCACAAUCUUGCAAAAACCAGAGACAUCAGGCCAUUUGGCAAAGUGGGCAAUUAAACUAGGGGGCCACAAUAUCCUGUACAGGCCGCGCCCAGCUAUCAAAGGCCAAGUAUUAGCAUACUUCAUUACCGAAGUGCCUGAAGACAAGAUCAAGGAAUGUAAAGCAGUAGAAACUCCCAUCAAAGAUACAUCAGAUGAACUAUGGAUGCUAUACACUGAUGGAGCUUCAAAUGAAGAUGGCGCAGGAGCUGGUUUGCGCCUUGUUAGCCCAGAGAAGCAUGAGUUCACCUAUGCCAUCAAGUUGGAUUUCAAAAAUACCAACAAUGAGGCAGAAUAUGAAGCAUUUUUGGCAGGCUUGCGCCUGGCCAUCAAGAUGGGAGCACAAAACUUACAAGCGCAUGUCGACUCUCUCCUGAUCGCGAGUCAAAUCAACAGAAUAUACGACGCAAAGGGCGAGGUCAUGGCUUUGUAUUUGGAACAAGUGAAGGAGCUACUUCAGAAGUUCAAAUCUUACAAGUUUGUUUAUAUCAACCGGUCAGAGAACAAGCCAGCGGACGCGCUAAGCAAGCUCGCUUCAACAGCAUUUCAACACCUCGCCAAGGAUGUAAGAAUUGAAGUCUUGAAAAACCCAUCGGUACUGCUGCGCCAGGUCAAUGUGAUCGAGAUAGGGCCACCUUCGUGGAUGACCCCUAUCAUUCAAUAUCUGCAAGAAGGAAUCCUCCUAGAGAACAAGGCGGAAGCCAGGAAAAUACAAAACAGAGCGUUGUUCUAUGAGAUCAAUGGGGGCAUUCUUUACAGGAGAUCCUUUUUAGGGCCAUUACUACGUUGCUUGGACCCUCAAGAUGCAAGUUAUCUGAUCAGGGAGAUACAUGAAGGCAUCUGCGGCAUUCAUGCGGGCCCGCGCAUGGUCGUAGCAAAGAUAAUGAACGUUGGCUACUAUUGGACAGGGAUACACGUUGACGCUCUGAAGGAACUGCGCAAAUGA